AUGCGCCCGCAGGGGGCGGCGCAGCUGCUGGCGCUGCUGCUGGUGCGGAUCGAAAUCGCCGAGCAGGCCUUUCGGGACAAGGACCUGCUACUUCCAGGUUUUCAGAACUCGUCGAUGCUCUCAUGGCCUUGUGGCCUCCAGGGCAUCCAGGUGCGCGUGGUGGGUGGAAAUGAGGCCAAGCUUGGGCGCUGGCCGUGGCAGGGCAGCCUGCGCUGGAAUAAAGUCCACAGCUGCGGAGCGAGCCUGCUCAACCGCCGCUGGGUGCUCUCCGCCGCACACUGCUUUGAAAAGAACAGUUAUCCCUCCGAAUGGUCAGUCCAGUUCGGGGAACUGUCUUCCACGCCAUCCAUUUGGAGCCUGCGGGCCUUCCUGCGUCGAUAUGGAGUCCAGGAUAUUAUCACAUUCCCCCAAUUCAGGAGGAAAUCGCAGCACGACAUCGCGCUGGUCAAGCUCUCCUCCCCGGUUACCUUCAAUAAGCACGUCCAGCCCAUCUGCAUCGUGUCCUUCUCCUCCGAGUUCAAGAACCGGAAUGACUGCUGGGUGACUGGCUGGGGGGACAUCAGUGAGAUAGAGAAGCUGCCGCCUCCCUACAAUCUCCAAGAAGUGCAGGUCUCCAUCAUAAACAAAUCCAGGUGUUCCUACCUGUUCCAGCAGCCUUAUUACCGCAGCAACAUCAAUUAUGACAUGAUUUGUGCUGGCUCUGAGGAUGGCAACGCUGACAGCUGCAAAGGUGACUCAGGCGGACCCUUGGUCUGCGAAAAGAAUGGGCGGUGGAUUCAGAUUGGAAUUGUGAGCUGGGGAGUGGGCUGUGGUAGGCGCAACCGGCCUGGUGUCUACACCAAUGUCAGUCUUUACUUCAACUGGAUCCAAUUGCUGACGGCCCGAAGCACACCCAGGCCAGACCCCUCUCGUACCACCCUUACUGGGCCCAGCCCUGAAGACAGAAUGAAGUGGGCUUCCUCCCUCCAGGUCCUGCUCCUACUGCUGCUGGCCUCCCCGUCCCCCACUGCUCUGCCCACCCCAAGUCCCCUUGUCCUCCCAGCUUGUGGGCAGCCUCGGGUGUCCAGUCGUAUCGUGGGCGGCCGGGACGCCCGGGCCGGAGAGUGGCCGUGGCAGGCGAGCAUCCAGCACCGCGGGACGCACGUGUGCGGGGGCUCGCUCAUCGCACCGCAGUGGGUGCUGACGGCGGCACACUGCUUCCCCAGGAAGGCGCUGCCCGCUGAGUACCGCGUGCGCCUCGGGGCGCUGCACCUGGGUCCCAGCUCGCCCCCUGCUCUCCUGGAGCCCGUGCGGAGGGUGCUGCUGCCCCCGGACUACUCGGAGGACGGGGCCCACGGGGACCUGGCGCUGCUGCUGCUGCGCCGCCCAGCACCCCUGAGCACCCGAGUCCAGCCCGUCUGCCUGCCCGAGCCUGGGGCCCGCCCGCCUCCUGGCACACCCUGCUGGGUCACCGGCUGGGGCAGCCUCCGCCCAGGAGUGCCGCUCCCGGAGUGGCGACCCUUGCAGGGAGUGAGGGUGCCACUGCUGGACGCUCGCACCUGUGACCACCUCUACCACCAGGGCACCAACGUGCCCCGGGUCGAGCACAUAGUACUGCCAGGGAGCCUGUGUGCCGGCUACGUUGGGGGCCAGAAGGAUGCUUGCCAGGGUGACUCUGGAGGACCCCUGGUCUGCAUGAAGUCUGGGCGCUGGGUCCUGGUGGGUGUGGUGAGCUGGGGCAAGGGCUGUGCCCUGCCCAACCGUCCAGGGGUCUAUACCAAUGUGGCCACCUACAGCCCUUGGAUUCAGGCUCACCUCAACAUCUGA